ACACACACACACACACACACACACACACACACACACACACACAAGCUUUUGUUCCAUGCCUCCUCCUACCCACCCCAUGCCUUUGGGGUGGUCCCCAGCAGGGCUGUGCAGAUCCAACUUUCGCUCUGGGUGUUCCCCAUUGGGUGGCUGUGCUCACUCUUCCCCAUCCUUUGGGGUCUGAUCUGUGCCUUAGUGUCCUCUUAUCCAUCCAGACGAUGCACGCUGUACCCCUCCAUCCUCACUGAUAUCUGCGUCCUUCCAGCAUCCCCUCCUGCUGUUCUCCCCUUAUCUGUGAGGUUUUUGGGGUGGCACCGCUUGUGGAUUCCUUCUGUCCCUGCCUGGCCCUGGCAGAAGGGCUCAUCUCAGAGCCAGCCCUCCGCCUGUUUGCCUUGGCAUCCCGGGCAGGAUUUGCACGUGAGCCCCUGGAGACAACAAGCAGCUCAGCUCUAAUCCUCUUGGCUUCAGCGCCCGGCUCCCCUUGUGCUGCUCACGGCCUUGAGGCUCGCACCAUGCACACUCUGUGGCUGCAGUGCAGGAGCUGCUGCUCUGCACUCCUCGGGUUUUUUCCACCUAGAGGAGCUCCGGGUGCUGCAAGUCCUUGAGCGACUCCCAAAAAUGUGCUGGGAGAAAAGCAGGUGAGCGGUGAUGGAUGUGCAGAGGAUUGAGUGUGCCAUGCAGCGAGCGUGCAAGGUGGGAAGUGCACAGGGUGAUGACCAAGCGGUGCGUUGCACAUGAUGAUUGUGCAGUGCAACAAGCAUGCAGGGUGGUGAGAGUGCCACACAACGGGGAUGCAGAACGAUGAGCGUGCAAGGUGAGGAGAGAGUGACCGUGCAUAGGGACGAACAGGCAAGGUGAUAAGCACAUAAAAGGAUGACCAUGCAAUGUGGUGAACGUGCCAGGCAAGCAUGCCAUGCAGUGAGCAUGCAAUCUGCUCAACAUGCAGUACAAUAAGCAUGCAAGAGGGUGAGCGUGCAACGCUCGUUUGCUUUGAGGUCUUUGCCAGCCCCAAAGCUGCUGCUUUGCUCAUCAAACUUCAGGAGCCCUGCAUGAUGCGUGGGAUAGGUGGUCAGCCCCACUUGCAGCCUGGUUUUGCAGGACAGGGUUUGGGGCUGCUGUUGGGUUUCGGAGGUGCUGCUGUGCUUUGAGAGCAGGAUAGAUUCUGUGCCCCCGUCCCAGGAGGCAGCCGCUCACACUAUGAUUGCCAUUGAUGGCGUUAUCUUUAUUGUGGUUUUCUCCUGCUCCAUUGGGUAAUGGGGGGACGCACCCCAGCUUCUUUAUGGCUUUAUGGCACUGCAGUGAAGGACGUGGGGGCACGAUGCUUAUCGGGCUGUGGACUCCAGGCACAGCAUGUGCCCGUUUACAGGUCCAUGCUUUGUGUUUUCUAUGACUGAAAGUGGGGGCUGGGUGGGCCAACCCUACGUGGUUCCUCCUGUGCACAGCGUCCUGUGUGGCGCAGCUGUCCCCAGGAGCACCCGCGGUGCCCGGCUAGGGUGCAGCUGGGGCCAACCCAGCAGCACUCCUUGUUAAUGGUUAAUGGGGCCACGCUAUCGGCGCUGCCAUCAGCUGGGAACGCGCUGUUCCACGCCGCCUGUUUGCUCUCAGCCCCAUCUCCCGCAGGGCUCUCCCUCGGGCACGGGGCCGGCUGGGGUGCUGCCACGUGGGGCAUCCCUUGGGGUGCCCCAGAGCCUGGGAAGGGACAGGAGCACACACAGUCCCUUUCCCCUCGCCCCCAUUAUUCCCAAUCCCCUGGGUGGUUUCGGCCAUCUAACGUCUCCCUGGCCUCGCAGAGGUGGAGGUGGGGCACCGCAGGACUCAGAGCCCAUCGUGCCACCAUCUCGUGGGUCCCCCGCGCUCAGCCCUUUAUCAGCUGUCAGCAUCAGCGGGGCGAUGGGUUUGCUGAUAAGGAGUGUUUUCUUCCUCCCGUGCGAGAGACAAAAAACAACAGCGCCGUGACCUGCAGGUGCCCUGGGACAAGGUCACGUCCCUGUGGGGUCCCUGUAUGGCCGUCCCCAGCCAUCACAGUGCUACCAUUGGCUCUUGCAGGCUGUGACUCAGGCUUUGGGCAGGCGACAGCGCGGCACUUGGACUCCUUGGGCUUCCGUGUCUUCGCCAGCGUGCUGGAUCCACGUGGCCCUGGCGCUCAGGAGCUGCAGAGGAGCUGCUCGGCCCGGCUCACACUGCUACGCAUGGACCUCACCAAGCCUGAGGACAUCCAGAGUGUUCUGCAGCACAUCCAAGCCCACACCAAUGGCACAGGUCUCUGGGGCUUGGUGAACAACGCCGGUUUCAACGACAUCAUUGCCGACGCCGAGCUCUCUCCAUUGGGCAACUUCCGCACCUGCAUGGAGGUGAACUUCUUCGGCUCGCUGGAGCUCACCAAGGGGCUGCUGCCCCUCCUGCGCUCCGCUGGUGGCCGCAUCGUCACCGUCAGCAGCCCAGCAGGUGACCUGCCCUUCCCCUGCCUGGCAGCCUAUGGGGCGUCGAAGGCUGCGCUCAGCCUGCUCAUGGACACGUUCCGCAGUGAGCUGCAGCCCUGGGGUGUCAAAGUCAGCCUCAUCCUGCCCGGGUACUUCAAAACAGCCAACUGCGACCCAGACUUCUGGAAGCUGCAGAAGGAGCAGCUGGUGGCCCGCCUGCCCCGGGAGCUGCUGCAGGCUUACGGCGAGGACUACGUGGAGGAGAUCAACCGGCAGUUCAUCCAGUUCAUGAAGGUGGCCGUGGAGGACCUGAGCGCGGUGGUGAACAGCAUCACGGACGGGCUGCUGGCUGCCAACCCGGCCGUGCGCUACUACCCAGGGCAGGGCCUUGGGCUCAUGUAUUUCAUCCACCGCUACCUGCCCUAUUUUGUCCAAGACUUGUUCCUCAAAGGAUUAUUCAUCAACCCCAAGCUGCCCCGGGCGCUGCGGCCGGAACACAAGGACGCCAAGAAGCCCUGACCUCAGCCGCGUGCAGGGCAGCAAUCAGCACUAGAUCUAAAACCAAAUCGCUUUUCCCAAAUCAGGCAGAUGCAGAUCUAUUUUCUAUUGUGCGAGAAUCAACGUUUUCUAGAGACUUGGGUGUUUUUUGUAUUAUUAUUAUUGUAUUUUUUUUUGUUUUGUUUUUUUCUAACCACGCACUCCCCACGCCUGACUCCGCGCGCUGGGACGCACCUCGGGCAUUUCUCAGCCACGUGGCAGCUCGGUGAGCACUGCCAGAGCCCUGCAGCCACUGCAGGCCAGCCCCUGCCUCCCCAUCCCAUGCUCCGUGUGCCCACAGCGAUGGCAGGGGCUGAGGCCACAGGCUGCGGGUGCCGCAGAGCUCCGCAGCGAAUGAAAUACGUGAUUGUCACUUUUUAAAUAAAUCUGUUCUUGAUAAGCCA